AUGUCGCCGUUCAUCCACCUGAAUCCUCCGGCACGGGAAUGGAUACAUGACUCCGUUGGCGCGCAGGGCGGGCGCCAGGAGGGGACGGUCCUUGCAUUCCAUAAGACUUUGCCGGACUACAAUGAGACGCAACUACAUUCUCUACCAGACCUAGCAGCGGAGCUAGGACUCGGGAACGUGUUAUUAAAGGACGAAUCCAACCGGUUCGGUCUGCCGGCAUUCAAGAUCCUGGGCGCAUCAUGGGCCGUAUACCGUGCCGUUGGAUCGCAUCUGGGGCUAUCGGUAUCGGAUGGGAGCGCGCCCCUCGCAGAAGUAGGCGCCAAGGCCCGAGAGGCAGGGGUCCGGAUCGUGACGCUCACGGAAGGGAACUGCGGCCGGGCUGUGUCGCGGAUAGCCGCGAAGAUUAUGGGCAUUCCUACGAAGGUUUUCGUGCCUAAGUUUAUGGAUGAACAGACCCGGAACAAGAUUAGGAGCGAGGGCGCAGAAAUUAUUGAAGUGGAUGGGAGUUACGAUGAUGUGAUACCCGUGGCACAGAAGGAGGCCGAAGCUAGCGAUAAAGCGAUUUUAAUUAUGGAUGUUAGUGUGGAAGGAUUCGAUGUUGUCCCGGAGUAUUUCGUCCAGGGAUAUAGCACGAUGUUGGCAGAGUCCGAUCGUCAGGUCCUGGAGUUAACGGGUGGGAAGCCGGCUACUCAUGCGAUCGUCCCUGUCGGCGCCGGAUCUAUAGGGGAGGCCGUCACAGCACACUUCAAAAGCGCCUCUUGGCGCAAAAAGUUUGGCCAGGCAAAAGUUCUCUCUGUAGAACCUACAACCGCAGCGUGUCUUCUGGAGUCACUCAAAGUGGGCAAGAGUGUUCCGGUUCCGACUGAAGAUACCAUCAUGUGUGGGAUGAACUGCGGUACACUAUCGAUCACUGCAUGGCCAGUACUAAAAGAAGGCGUAGAUGCGAGUAUCGUAGUGACGGACUUGGAGGCGCAUAAUGCGGUGCAGGAACUCGAAGCUCAUAGUAUAUUUGCCGGACCUUGUGGCGCUGCCACUCUAGCUGCGCUGCGAAGAGCGUGUACGGAUGCGAAGCAGGAGCUGGGCCUUAGUGAAACUUCGAUCGUGGUGUUAUAUUGUACCGAAGGGCCGAGAGAGUACCCAGUACCAUCGUCAUGA